AUGGCGGUGUUAAUACAACAAAACGUUUCUGUAGGAUUAUUUAUUUUUAUGAUUUGUACAUUUUUACCUGUCAUGCUGGUGACGAUAAUUGGAAACUUGAUUGUUAUACUCAGUGUGUACCGGAAUCGUUCUUUAGCAAAAACUCCGAGUUGUAUCUUCAUAACAUCCUUAGCACUCUUUGAUUUCUUAACUGGCUUGAUUGGCGUUCCUCUUUGUAUGGUUGGUUAUAUUCUUCGUAGACAGUUCUUUUAUAUAGAAGGCUGUGUCGUUUGGUAUCUUGUGCCCGUUAGCAUAUUUAUCGUAAUCUCAGGGCUGCAUCUAAUUGUGAUCACUAUUGAUCGAUUCCUUUCAAUUAAAUACCCUAUUAAACAUAUUGUGUGGAUGCCGGUUGAAAGAGCAAUUCGAAUUUGUAUUUAUGUCAGUUUGUUUGGCUUUUUUCUCGGAGGAAGUCCAUUUGCAGUAGGUGCCCUAGCAAGCCUGUUUGUGCCACCGCCUAAUGUGACGUAUGAAUACGAAUGCGGGAGUUCAGCGUUUUAUUAUAUGUAUGGCUCCCCUGUGUACUUUUACCUCACCAGGAUUGCCGGUUUGACAAUUCCUAUCAUGUUCAUUCUGUACGCAUAUAUUUUCUCAAUUGCGUCAAAAAAAGCGAAAGACAUUGCCACACGCCACGGAAAGAAAUUUAACAGACGAGAAAUGAAAGUUACCAAGACAACAGCCAUAGUACUUCUGGUUUACACUCUGUGUAUUGCACCAACUGUUCUAAGUAGCACUGUCCAAAAAGCUGUUGAUAAUGGUUCCACAUGGCUUGUGUGGUACUCGUGGUUAGCAUAUUUUCUCAUCCUCGCUAACUCGAUGGUGAAUCCGUUAAUAUAUGCUAGGAGAAGUAAAAUAAUGAGAAAAGAAUUCAAAGAAACGUUUUCUUUAUUAUUUGUAAGAUUUAUCCGGAGCAGAAGUGAAAGCGAAAGACGCAUCUAACAU